ACCUUCAUAAAUCUUUAACUUUUAAUUUAACUUUUAAUAUUAGGAACAGUCAAAUAUGUUAAAGAAUUAACCAGGAAGGAAUAUUCAGUGUAAAUAUGUUUCACAGUAACAGAUCUAUUUUACCCAAAUAUUUUAGGGGUUAACAUAAAAGAUUUGCAACAUGCAAUUAAAUAACAUUUGAUCGUCCCAGUAAAAUCGUAAAUCCAUUGAGAUGGGAAAUUUUCUUUCAAUUUCAAGCAUUAAUUUUACUGGUCAGUCUAAACCAUAGAAGUUCAUCAUGGGAAAUUCAGCUAGAAAAACCAAAGAAAAUACUGGCUGUGGGAAUUGCUCAGAGAUAAGGAGGGUACUCAAUGUUUCUGAGUUACAAAUUGGCCAACAUAUCUGUGAACCUGGUAGGAAAAAAUGUACCUACAAGGAAAAUAGACACAGUCUGAAAGCUCAAUACUUCCAUCAUGCUAUAAUUGGUGAAAUAAAACACCGUAACGAUUACAAAGUAAGGCUUGUUCUGAUACAUUAUGCUAAUGUAAUCGGAUUGAAGCAGGGGUCAAUAAAAAUAACAGAGGAGGAAAGAGAUCUGAAACAUGAUGAAAUAUACAUUGUCAAGUAUACAUAUCCAAAAUAUUCUCCUAGGGAAAUAGUACAAAGAGCCAAAAAAGAAACAAAAAGAGAAGUAAAACACGAGACCAAUUAUGAACAAGAAGAACACAGAUAUACCUUUGGGAAUUAUAAUCUUUUUGUAAGCAAUUGUGAACAUUUUGCAACUUGGUGCGUUCUGGGAAACAAGGAGUCUUUCCAAAUUGAUCAGAAAUGGAGGGUUUUUCUGUUUCCUUUAAAGAUAAGUUCAGGAAUGGCAGGGAUCCUUUCACAGCUUCUCCUAGAAAUAUUAAGAUUUUUUGCUUCUUUUGUAUCUGACAAAAAUUUGUAUGGACCUGGUUUUUCACUUCUUGUCAUCGGAGCAUUCUAUUCACUAGUUCUAUUUGGCAGAUACCGUAACCUUGAAAAUAAAUAUCGGAACUACAGAAGGUUAUGUCAACAUUGUCAUGAAGAAAAAUGGAGCAUCUUAAAAAUAAAAUUCUUUUGGUUCAUUUUAUCUGGAAUUUUAUUUUAUUUUAUCACAGAUGCCUGUACCCCAUGGUUCCCGGCAUGGCCAGUGACAAUAAUACUACAUGUGAUAUUCAUCUUCCUUAGCAUAUUUUUCCGUUGGUUAUAUCAAGGACUAAAAUCCCCAUUCAUGCAUUCUACUAGAGUCAGACAGUUGUCUGACAUUAAAAGAGGUCAUGUCAUAACAUUUAGACAUUUUGGAUUUCAACACUUUGCCCUUAUCACAAAAAUUCACUCAGAAACAAGUGAAAUAUCCAUAAUUCACUAUAAAGGAUUUUUCAACAUCAAACUGACCAAAGACAAAAUCUGUUGGUCUGAAAACUCAAUUUGGCGACAAAGACUGACAAAACUUCCAAAAUAUAAAGCAAAACAAAGAAUUUCAAGGAUAAAAAGAAGGUUGGGUGAGAGAAAAUGGCAUUGGCGUUGUAAUAGAUCUGACCAUGUCUGUUACUGGGCAUCAAUUAAACAGAAACACUGGGAAUAUUAUCCACCAGUACACAACAAAGAGACAUUAGAUCAAACAGAGGAGGACUAUGUUAAAAAGAGUUCACUGGAAGUUGAAACUAUUGUUGUCAACCUUAGAACUGAAAUCGAAGAAGGUGAUGUGAUAGAAUAUUACAUCAACAGUAGAAAAAAAGAACAUGGAACAGGGAUCAUUACUGAAUUGAAGAAUGCACAUGAAAGCAAAAAUGAUAAUGAUCGCAUCUUUACAAUUGUUUUGGUUAUACAGAAACAUAGAAAUGCUGAAGAGGCUGAGAUCACUGUAGAUUUGAACACGGAUACUAUUAAGGUAAAAAAGUUUCAUCCAGUGCACUGUCGUAGCAUGCAGGAACGAAAAAAACAGGCGAAAAAAGCUCAAGAAAACAUAGAGCAACACAAAAAAUUCAACAUCAUGAAAUUUUGUGUGUUAAAGGAAAAACAAACAAAAGAGCAAAAACACUUUGAAAGAAAGAAAAAUGAUUAACUUUUGAUUCAUGUUAUUCAACCCAUUAAAACUUUACUCAACUUCUAGAGUUUAUGGUGCUCAUAUGAGCUUAUAAAUUCACUUGACAUGCAUAAUUUGAUAAAACAUAUCAUUUACACUUUUAUAAUAUGUAACCUGUUCUAUUAGUCUUUGUUAGACCCUGUCAAAUUAUCAUCAGAGUACCAAAAUUACAAAAGACUAGUUGUGUGUAGUUACAAAGAUGCAAAUAUACAAGAAGUAUGUGACCAAAGACUAUAUAUCCAUGGUACCUACUGUGUGUGAAUGUCUCAAAAUAUGUUGUGUAAUCCCAGUAAGCACUGUUGCUUGUGAGCGAGGGUUUUUAACCCAGAACAGGAUCAAAUACAGAUUGAGAACCAACCUCAAUAAUGUAACUGAGAAUAUCUGAGGAUGAGCCAUCCUUUAAAAAAUUUCAAUAUUGAAAAGGCUGUCAUAGUCUGGAGAAAAAAAGUAAGAAAACUUUGAGCAUAUUGACUGGUGUUGAUGAAACUCAGUGACUGAAGUGUUUGUUACUUUCAUGUAAGAACUAUAUUAAGUAUGCUGUACUUGACUACUAUGUGCUCAUGAUAUGUGUUGUUGAGAUCUAAUGAUUGUUUUAUCAUUGUUAUAUAAAAUCUAUAAGUGAUGGUGUGCUUGAUUAUAAUAUGCGUGUGAUAAAUUUUGUUGAGGAUUCAUUGAAAUAGUAUUUAAUAAGGUUAUAUAAAUAUCAUAUAUCAUAGAGAUAUUUACUUUUUUUCUUCAUUUUACAUUUUAUAUGCCAUACAUAUUUUUAAAUGCCUGUAUACUUGUCACAGAUUGUUUUUAUUAUGUCGAUGAAAUAAAAUUGAAAAAUAAAUCCAAUGUUUACAGUUAUAGCUUGAUUUGAUGAGAUGUUAAUGGAAGCAUCACUUCUAAAUUUCAAAACUUCUCCCUAUUUUUCCUGAAGGGAGAAGUGACUUCUCCCUAAAUUUUCAGUCCAAGGUAGUCCCUGCAUAAGUAAUGAACUAGGAAAUGUGACUAUAAGACACAUAUGCAGUGACUUCAUUUGCCUAUCAAAAGGCAAUAUUUAC